GCAUUUAACUCGUUGAAUAAAAAAUUCAAGGUGACAGGGCAUAUUGAACAAGCUUAUUGCGUACUUUUUGAUAAGACUGGCACUCGUAUUUUGACUGCUUCUGAUGACUUUUUAAUUAAAGUAUGGAGUUGCAAAACUGGUAGGUUACUAAAAAGUUUAAAAGGUCACUCAGGAAGCAUAUCGGAUAUGGCGCUCAGUGCAAACAAUGAAAUGCUGGCCACGUGUGCUUUCGACCACCGAGUUAUCGUCUGGCGUAUGAAGUCCGGCACUAUUAUUUCUAUUUUAGAAGGCAACAACCAUCCGCAUAUCCACACUGUUGCGUUUUCUCCAACCUAUGAUCGUGAUUCCAUCUGCGUUGCGUCGACUGGCUUUGACGGCUCCGUGCGCUUUUGGAGACUCGAAAAACACGUGAAAGAACCCACAUUAACAACAUGCGAUGAGGAACUUAAGUUUGUUUAUGCUGCCCACUUUGAUGAGCGUAAAGUAGUCGUAAAUAAUACAAUUCGGGAUGACAAUGAAGUUUGCUGUUCUUGUUUUAGCCCCGGCGGACUCUUUUUUGCGGCCGGAGACGAAUGCGGGCGUGUUCUUGUGUACCACGUGCCCCAACAUUUGUCUCGGGAUGCCAUCCGCCUCGUCAAUAAGCUAAAUGGCCACAGCAUGAGGGUUUCCUCCCUUCAGUUUUCAAAUGCCGGAGACCGACUUUUAUCGGGUUCUUCUGACGGGCGUGCGAUUAUUUGGAGGUUUUCGUCCAAUGAGCUGGACGUAGUGGUUUUAAACUGUGAGCGACACGUUGUUACCGAAGCUCAGGUCUUAUUUUACUUUUAA